CGUGUUUGAAAAGAAGAUAUAUAAGGAAGCUAUCAACAUUAUUCCUAUAGUCACCGAUUCCGCCAUGAUCGGAGUUAUAAAGAUUGGCUUAAUAUGCUUUAUAGCAGUGGUUGCUUCGGUCAAAUCCGAAGCCCCUGUUUUAAAACUCGACUUACCAGCGCUAAAACCAAUUGCGUCAACAUACGAAUUUCGACUGGACACGCCAGUUGUGAAAUCCGCACCUUAUCCUGCCCCAGCUCCGGUAUACAGUGCACCGAGAAUCGAGCUACCCAUAGCGAAAUCUGCGCCAUACCCUGCCCCAGCACCUGCAUAUGGCGUUCCAGCAAUACCGAGAAUAGAACUUCCUGCGCCAAAACCAAUUGCAACUGCGUACGAAUACCGGGUGGAGACUCCUGUGGUGAAAUCUGCACCCUACCCAGCACCCGCACCUGUCUAUGGAGUACCACGAGUGGAAGUCCCCGUCAUUCCACGAAUUGAACUUCCUGCACCUAAACCAAUUGCAACUGCGUACGAAUACCGGGUGGAGACUCCGGUGGUGAAAUCUGCACCCUACCCAGCACCCGCACCUGUCUAUGGAGUACCACGAGUGGAAGUCCCCGUCAUUCCACGAAUUGAACUGCCUGCACCCAAACCAAUUGCAACUGCGUACGAAUACCGGGUGGAGACUCCGGUGGUGAAAUCUGCACCCUACCCAGCACCCGCACCUGUCUAUGGAGUACCACGAGUGGAAGUCCCCGUCAUUCCACGAAUUGAACUUCCUGCACCCAAACCAAUUGCAACUGCGUACGAAUACAGAGUGGAAACUCCGGUGGUGAAAUCAGCACCAUACCCAGCACCUGCACCUGUGUAUGGAGUACCACGAGUUGAACUUCCUGCUCCAAAACCAAUUGCAACUGUGUACGAGUACCGCGUCGAGACUCCAGUAGUGAAAACAGCACCGUACCCAGCACCUGCACCGGUAUACGGUGUACCCCGCAUUGAGCUACCAGCACCCAUCGCCAAGAUAGAAACACCAAUAGUGAAAUCCGCACCAUACCCCGCUCCAGCGCCCGUAUACGGCGCUCCAGUGAUACCCAGAAUUGAAUUGCCUGCACCAAAACCAAUUGCAACUGCGUACGAAUACAGGGUGGAAACUCCAACGGUGAAAUCUGCACCAUAUCCGGCACCUGCACCUGUCUAUGGAGCGCCCGUCAUUCCACGAAUUGAACUUCCUGCACCUAAACCAAUUGCAACUGCGUACGAAUACCGGGUGGAGACUCCAGUAGUGAAAUCCGCACCUUACCCAGCACCUGCACCCGUGUAUGGAGCACCACGCGUUGAAAUACCCGCGAUUCCGCGAAUUGAACUUCCAGCUCCAAAACCAAUCGCCACAGCCUAUGAAUACAAAGUCGAAACGCCCCUUCUCAAAUCUCUCCCUCUUCCAGCACCCGUAUAUGGCGUACCGAGGAUAGAACAACCGGCUCCGGUUUACGGUAUACCAAGAAUCGAGUUACCUGCCCCAAAACCCAUCGCCACAACAUACGAGUUCAAAGUUGAGACGCCUUUACCAAAAGUCGAAGUGGUCAGAUCCGGACCGUAUCCGGCGCCGGCCGCUGUCUACGGACCACCAGCUGCCAGAGUCGAUAUACCAAUAGAAAAAACAGUAUUGCCAACGUUACCAUCCGCGUCACUACUUUUAGCUAAAUUAGACUUGCCCGCUCCCUUGCCUUUACAUUAAAUGCGAAAAUAAGGCUACGUUGUAUCCAUUUGGGUAUAGUAGAUACAUUAUAUUGUGCAUAUGACCGUUAUAUAUUAUUUAUA